GAAUCAAAACCAGUAGGUAAUAUGUCAUAGAAAUCACAGUAAAGUAACACAAAAGAUUCUCAGGCAGAGUAUGGCUUCCCACCACCACUUCUGCCACCACUCCGCCGCCGUCGCCGCCUGUAACUGCGGCUGUUGCUGCGCUUCAUACACCCCAUGCCACCCCCACCUCCACCACGCGCCGCCUCCGCCGCCGCCGUCGUCUACCGGUUUCCAUCAGCCCCAUUUCUACCGAGACUAUACAAAUCCCCCAAAUCCGCCCCAUUUUCCCCAAAUACAUCAGGACCGUUCAUUUCAAGAUCAACGGCCGACGCACGCCGCCGUCACCUCCCUUCUCCGCCGCAUCUCGGCGCUCGAGUCCGCCCUCCGCCGCCGAUCUCCCGAGGGCUCCGCUUCCCAUUCUCUCCGCGCCGCCGCCGCCCGGACUAUCCAAACCUACUUCCGAGCCUACCUCUGCCGCAGAUCGAGAACUCUCCGGCAACUCCAGGACCUCGCGGCCAUUAAGUCAACUCUGGGAACUCUCAAAACCCUAAUCUCCAAAAAUCCCCAAUUCGAUUACGACGUCGUUUACCAUAAGACUCUGAACCUUCUCCUCAAACUCGACGCCAUUCAGGGAGAUGAUCCAAUGAUUAGAAAUGGCAAAAGCUCUCUAACAGCAGAACUGAACAAAUUCCUGGAUAUAAUCGACGGGAUUUGCCUGGAAGGAAAGGCACAAUUGAUUGGAUUGAGGAAGACGAAGCGAAAAGGGGAUGAUUUGAAAUCUAGGGUUUCAAAUGUCCAAAUGAAAUUGGGAAAUUUGAAAAUUGGGAAUUCGAAAGUGGACAAUGUGGAUAAACUGAGUGCAUUGCUAGAAAGAAUUGACAAAUUAGCAGAGGAGAUCAACGAGGAAGAAGACAACCAAUCACUCAAAAACUCCAUUAAUGGAGUUUUGAGAAGUAAAAUCGGAGCUCGAUCCAAAUCGAAGAAAAAUGUGAGCUUUGUGGAGGACGGGAGGGUUUAUAAAGUGCCAAGACGACCCGGGCAGCCAUUGUUGGAGGACUAUAGCAACAGUGAGGAUGAUGAUCUUGAUCGGGAAAUCGAAGAACUUGACGACAAGGAUGACGAGCAUGUCGAAAAUGGAGAUGUGGAAAAGGGUUCGAGAAGUUACAAAAGCAGCGAAGAAGAUGACGACGAGGAGGAGGAGGAUGAAUUGGUUUACGAGACUCGGUUGCCGGGAGGUGGUUCGAUUCACAAGAGGACGAUGAAAGUGCCGAGUUGAUGUGUCUGUUUAUUACAUGUCUUGCAUCCUCGUAAUUUUGUGGGAUCGUUUGCGGGUUUUCGACUGGGAAUUGAUCGUCGUCGGCAACGAAUUCGGUUAGUUUUCUUGGAGGUUGAAGGUUCUAUGUUAUGUAGCCAUUGGAAGUGAAGUGUUUUGGAGGUAUUUUGAUUGAGUUUUGAGGUUUGGAUGUUUUGUAGUUUGUUUCCUAACGUUGUUUCGUGUUUGUGUGAUGCAGUUGAGUCUUGAAUGUUUUAAUUGUGCGA